CUAUUUUUUUACUUGAAACAGCGGCGCCGGUUGGUUGCUAGAAUGUUUAUGUUUAAGCUGAGCCACCGGUAAUCUAGCUAGCAUGUAAAUACAAUUUGGUAACGUUUUCACCGGCUAUAUUAACGUUUCAAUUACAUAGCUAUAGCAAAUUCGGCCACUUUAAAUAAGAAGACAUAACGCCCGGAUCAGGAUGAACAUGUCAGCUGAGGGAAGGACCCUCCUCUCAACUAUGUUACCAGGGAAGAAACCUAUGCCCUCGAAGGCUGCUAAAAAUAACUCCCUAACAGUGGCAUCGAAGAUAAAGACCAAGAUUCUCAACACAUCCUCGUUCUUCAAGGUCUCCCUGAAACUAACAACAAGGCUCUGGCUCUGGCCUUGGUGGCUCAGAGGGAGAGAAGCAGACAGCUUGAAGUGGAAACUGUGCACCUACGGAAACAAGUGGAGUCUCUGAAUUUUGACCUGGCUAUUCGCAGAUUCAAGCACAACCAACUGAUUAUAAUCUUGAAAGACCUUCAACGCAACACUUUGGAUAACUUGGAAAGGGCUGUGGACCUCUUCUCUGAUGAAAAUGGAAGGGAUGUUGGAGAAUCUCAUUUUGAACGGGAGUCCCACCAUUACCACGGUAACGGCUCCCGCCCCUUAAAGGGGCAGCUGAAGGUUUUUGUCUCACAAGAUUCCCCUGAAAUAUCUGAAGACUGCAGUAAGCCACCCCCUGAUAAAAAAGAGGAAAAUGUUCAGAUGGAGAGGGUAGCGGUUCAGAUACCUCUUAUCAUAGCAGAGCAGUCCAGGGAUUUGGUGUCCCCUUCAAAACAGACCAGCAUGAGCCAAGAGGUUGUAGUAAAUGACAGAGGAAACACGUCCACAAAUCCUUUUGGGACCCAAAGUAGGUCAUCAGAGUCCAAUGCCAGUAAAGAGAGCAUUAAUAAGAUGGAGCAACAAGUGGACAAUACUUUGAAAUCGACCCAAAAGAGAACAUCCCGACAAUCCAGUAGCCUAAAAGAUGAGGUGGAAAAGUGGUCAAAGAUUUAUUCUGACACUGGACUUGACCCUAUCCCAGCAGUCUUGCCAUCUGUUGUCUCCACAACUAAUAUUCUACAGCCCUCUGGUACUGAUAAAGUUGUGCACCAUCCAAACAGCUUAAUGGAGACCACAUUGGCGCUUGCAAUAAAGACCACUGCCGGGGAAGCAGAGAAGACCACCAUCAAUGAUACAGAGAUGGAGAUAACUAUUGGGGACAGCGCUGCUGAAAUCGUUACAGUGGAGACCAAGCCCAAGAAAGCUUAUGGACCAAAGAAACUGAAGGUGCCAAAGACAAAAAUCCCUUGUCUAUUAGCGAAGGUUGGAAAUAAGAACUGUGGGCCAACACAUGUUGUUGAGAAUCUAGAGGUGAAGAGCUCUGCGGUAAACGUGGAGCUGCCGACAGCGAUACAAAAGGUGUUUUCCGCAACACCACUACAUACAGACAACCCUACAGCGGAGAGUGUGGAUGUAGAACACAGAGAAGAGGACUUCAUUGAGAACUCAGCCAGUGAGAUAGAAUCCCUUGUUGCCCGCAGAAAGACUUAUGUCACCUCUCGCAUCACCAAACACAAAAAACCUACCCGAGAAUCCCAUAAAACAACACCAGAUUUUCCAAAAACGUUUGACCCAAGAAAAACUUUUGAAGUGCCUCUCCAAUCCAAAUCCCAUCGAAGUGUCUCACCUGACCCGUUUGAAGAUGACUUUUUCAAUGACCCUGAAGCUCAGAAGUCUGUAUUUAAACUAGCCGGGGCAAACCCAUUGGUCAUAGAUGCCACGGAGAACAAAGUCACGAAAACUAAAGGUCACAAGACUUUUGUGAUUUCUAAUGAGCCUACAUCUAGGAAGUGCCAGAAGAAAUCCAAAGAACGCAGGAAGACUAAAGCACAGCCUGUCAUGGUGGACCAUGAAUUACACAUUGAAACAAAGGAUCCAUUCCUUCUGCCUCAACCUCUCAUUGAAGAGGAGUCUCAUUCUCCUGAAAGGUGCCCAGCCUAUGUAGACAUGGAUACCACCCUGCACGAAUACAGGGAAUCGCACAGUGCUUCCAGACCUCUGUCCACUACACGGAGCAGUAAGAGACCCACCAGAGUGAAAGGCAGAGGGACGUUUGUGGUCUCGGCGAACAGGGACAGCUCCUCUGUGAACAGUACAAUAUUAGAUGAUGCUUGGGCUGAAAAGCUGGUGUGCACUCCGACUACAGGGUAUGACUCUGUUGCAGAAGAAGGGAAAGAAACGGUCAGGGAAGCAAGCAUAGAGGAGCAUCUGACUGGACCUCACCCAGAUUAUUGUCUAGCUGCUGGGCGCAAGACUACAGACUCUGGGGUUGAAGAAACUCAUGCCUCCUCUAAACGUCCAUGGCUUGCUACCCAUGAACCUGCAAGGAAUUCAGAGGGCCAAGAAAGCUUAUGUGUUGAGGAAGAAAUGCCCCCAUGGGAGAUCGGUGACUCCAUUUCAGUUGCUGCAGAGCAAAAGCCCAAGAAAGCCAGGAGAGUGGAGACGGCAAAAUCAAGGAUGAAGACUGAUUCACAGAAGGGUUACUGUCUUGCCCCUGUGAAAGAAAGGAAAAAAAAGACUAAAAGUAGCAUCACUAAAGGAUUGGCGCCUGGGGGUGCAGGUAAUAUUUUGUCUAGUAAGACUCUGGAUAGCCAGAGUAGUAUAGGUGUACGCACUGUAGCACAAAAUGCAGAAGUACAGCCUGUGGCGGAUCCCAAAGUUGUGCACGUCUUCACACACUCUGCCACCACUGAGGAGAGCUGUGAAACUCGUGAACGUUUGUCUUCACUUGAGGUCCUGAGUCCAGACUUCAAAGUCAGCAGCUUCAAGCCCCGGUCCAACCAUGGCCCUAAACCGAGAUGUAGAGCCACUUUUGUCAUACCCAAUAGUUUUAGCGAUUCCACCAGAAACAGGAAGAACCACAUUGUUCCUGACUCCUUGUCCCAGGAUGAUGGUGACACAAACAGCAGGACAUCUAAUGUGUCAUUAUCAACUGUUGAGACCAACACAGAAUUGCCUGACAGUGGUGAAGGAGUACGACAGAGCCUGAGGGAGCUGCUCAUGGACGAUAGGCCUCCGUGGGAGUCCUCUGUGGAUGUCAGCUGUUCAAAUGAGACUGGAUUUGACACUCCAGCCUCAAGCCCUAAAAGGGUUGCUUCUUCUGCUCACAAGGUUGCUGUAUAUAAAGAGUCGGCUGAGGUUAUGGCUGAAAGAUCUCCAGUAGCAGAAAGAGCCCUGAAGCCACUAACCAACACCAACUGGACAGAUGAUGAAGACACAGGACGGGCCAGGCGACGGGGAGCUGCCAUUAGCUACAAGUUGCCAACCAUUAACUGCAAAAUGAGACGUGGAGAUAAGUUCUCAGACACCAAGUACCUGAGUUCCCCCAUUUUUAAAGCGAAGAAGAAGAAGAAAAGACAACAGAAGGACACAUAUAAACCUGGCAGUUUGGAGAACAUGCAUUCAGUUAAUUGACUUUAUUCUGUGACAUCUAAUUGAAUUCUUACACAUAUUGCCAAUGCUUUUAUUGUUUUUCCCUUUUGUUUUAAUAUAAGUUUACAAAUAAAAUGUCAAUACAUUUUA